CGGCGUCAGGCGCCGCGGGAACCGCUUCCUGUUGUCAGUAGUCCGGAGGCCGCAGCGUCCGGUCGGAGUCUUAGGGGCUGCAGCGACCGGGAGUGCCCCCGCCCCCCUCCCCACUCCUUUUGAAGUGAAAUUGGAUGUUUGCAGAAGCCCAGGCAGUAUAAUAAAGAAAAGCAACCAGAACAAUUCCUUCCUGUGUGUUGGAACAUUUAAGAAAGGACAGCUGUGAAACCUGUGUACCAUGGAAAGGAUGUGGCCUCAGCUGGUUGGGACUACAGACCUGAUGGGUGUCAUGUGAUUCUUCUGGGGAGCUGCUGCUUGAGUGGAAAUGCUCUCAGCGGUGGAGAAUGGACCGGGCCCCCGGGCUGCCAUCCCGGUCAUCAAGAAGAAGCUAGUGGGCUCCGUGAAGGCACUGCAGAAGCAGUACGUGUCCUUGGACACAGCAGUCACAAGUGAAGACGGAGAUGCCAACAGCAUGUGCAGUGCCCUGGAAGCCGUCUUCAUCCACGGCCUGCACACCAAGCACAUCCGAGCCGAGGCUGGAGGGAAAAGGAAGAAAAGUGCCCACCAGAAGCCUCUGCCUCAGCCCGUCUUCUGGCCCCUCCUGAAAGCUGUCACCCACAAACACAUCAUCUCGGAAUUGGAGCACCUGAUCUUCGUGAGCACGGACGUGGGCCGCUGCCGGGCCUGGCUGCGGCUGGCCCUCAAUGACGGCCUGAUGGAGUGCUACCUGAAGCUGCUGCUGCAGGAGCAGGCCCGCCUGUGCGAGUACUACCAGCCCACGGCCCUGCUCCGUGACGCCGAGGAGGGCGAGUUCCUCCUGAGCUUCCUGCAGGGCCUGACGUCCCUGUCCUUUGAGCUCUCCUACAAGUCUGCCAUCCUAAACGAGUGGACGCUCACCCCGCUGGCCCUCUCCGGGCUCUGCCCGUUCUCGGAGCUCGACCCCCUCACUACCUCCGGAGCGGAACUACAGCGGAAGGAGUCUCUGGAUUCCAUCUCCCAUUCCUCAGGCUCGGAGGACAUCGAGGUCCAGCACUCGGGCCAUAAGAUCCGACGGAACAGGGGGCUCACGGCCUCCUCCCUCAGUCUGGACACGGCCAGUUCAUCCCAGCUCUCUUGCAGCCUCAACUCUGACAGCUGCCUGCUCCAAGAGAAUGGCUCCAAGAGUCCAGACCGUUCCGAGGAGCCCAUGUCCUGCGACUCAGACCUGGGGAUGGCAAAUGCUGACGAUUCGGACCUGUCUCUGCAAGAGGUGUUGUCGGAAUUCAGCAAAGCCCAGGUGAACUCUGUGCCAACCGACAGACUGAGCCACGAAGCGGAGGUUCCCACGCUGCAGGCCUUGCUUGCCCUCCGCGGCCUGGACACCAGCACACCCCUGCGCCUUGAGGUACCUGCAGAGCCCCGCCCCGCCCAAGCAUCCCCGGGGACUCGAGAUGGGGACCGCAAGCAGGAGCCGCUUUCCCAGGCACCUGGCGCCCUGGGCUGGCCACAGCCGGGCAGUGCCCAAGCUGUCCCUUGGGGGAGCACUUCAGGCCAGCAGCCUCCUAGUCCGGUGAGGGAGGCGACCAGAGUAGUCGGCCAAGGAAGUGGCCAGCGGAAGCCUCCGGAGGAGGAUGGACCUCGACUGAGCCUUGUGGUCCCCUCGCCCACCAGUCCGAAAAGCACGAGCUGGAUCUCAGAAGAUGACUUCUACCGGCCUCCCCGGGAACAGCCCGCAGAGAGUCCUUCCCAUGCUUCCGUGGCUUCUCCCAGAGGGACUCCAGAGCCGAGGCCUGGUCUCCUCACGCAAGGACCAAGAAGAAGCUGUUCCAUGGAGACCUUAGACAAAGCUUGUGUGCCUUCCCUAGGAAGCAGGAGAAGCAAGGCCGCCCCGAUGCCGGAGCAUAAGAACUUCAGGGUGGUGCACCGCAGGCAGAUGGGGCUGUCUAACCCAUUCCGGGGGCUUCUGAAGCUGGGCACGGUGGAGCGGCGGGGGGCCAUGGGCAUCUGGAAGGAACUCUUCUGCGAGCUCUCCCCGCUGGAGUUGCGCCUCUACCUGAGCGGCGAGGAGCGCACCUGCGUGGAGAACUGCUCUCUGCUGCGCUGUGAGUCCGUGGGCCCGGCCCACAGCGACGGCCGCUUCGAGCUGGUCUUCUCGGGCAAGAAGCUGACCCUGCGCUCCUCAUGCCGCGAUGAAGCCGAGGACUGGCUGGACCGUGUGCGCGAGGCGCUGCAGAAGUGCCGGCGGCCCCAGCAGGAGGAGGAGUGGGUGACCAUCCAGUACCCAGACCAGCCCGAGGACCCUCCAGAGGCCCCCCAGGGUGGCCGCCCCUCCCACUCGGACCUGCUCUCGGAGCCUGAAACCCCCCAGGGCCCGCAGUUUGACUGGUCUUCUUCCCAGGUUCCCGAGCCAGACGCUAUUAAGGAAUCCCUUCUGUACCUGUACACAGACCGGACCUGGAUGCCCUGUAUCUUCUCCCUGUCCUUGGAGUCUCUGAAGUGCUUCCGCGUGAGAAACAACGAGAAGAUGUUAAGUGACAGCCAUGGAGUCGAGACCAUCCGAGAUAUCCUGCCGGACACGAGCCUUGGGGGCCCAUCCUUCUUCAAAAUCAUCACGGCCAAGGCCGUCCUGAAGCUGCAGGCCGGGAACGCUGAGGAGGCCGCCCUGUGGAGGGACCUGGUGCGCAAGGUCCUGGCGUCCUACCUGGAGACAGCUGAGGAGGCGGUGACACUCGGUGGGAGUCUGGAUGAAAACUGUCAGGAGGUGCUGAAGUUCGCCACGCGGGAGAACGGCUUCCUGCUGCAGUACCUGGUGGCCAUCCCCACGGAGAAAGGCCUCGACUCCCAGGGCUGCUUCUGUGCAGGCUGCUCCCGGCAAAUCGGCUUCUCAUUUGUACGGCCCAAGCUCUGUGCCUUCUCUGGCCUCUACUACUGUGACAUCUGCCAUCAAGACGAUGCCUCAGUGAUCCCGGCCAGGAUCAUCCACAACUGGGACCUCACCAAGCGCCCGGUCUGCAGGCAGGCCCUGAAGUUCCUGACGCGGAUCCGGGCCCAGCCCCUCAUCAACCUGCAGCUGGUGAACGCGUCUCUGUACGAGCACGUGGAGCGGAUGCACCUCAUCGGUAGGAGCCGGGAGCAGCUGAAGCUCCUGGGGGAUUACCUGGGCCUGUGCCGAAGCGGAGCCCUGAAGGAGUUGAGCAAGAGACUCAACCACAGGAAUUAUCUCUUGGAGUCUCCUCACAAGUACAGUGUCGCGGACCUCCAGCAGAUCGCGGACGGGCUGUAUGAAGGAUUCCUCAAGUCCCUGAUCGAGUUUGCCUCCCAGCACGUCUACCACUGCGACCUGUGCACCCAGCGCGGCUUCAUCUGCCAGAUCUGCCACCACCAUGACAUCAUCUUCCCCUUUGAGUUUGACACCACAGUCAGUUAUUGCUCAUUAUCAGAAGCCUCUAAAUGGAAAAAUUCAUCCACCAAACCUCCAUUCCAGUCCAUGUGGGAGUGGAAAACGGAACUGGUGGGAGCAUUCAUUCAUUUUCAGUGUGGCGAAUGCAAGACCGUCUUCCACCAGAGCUGUCAGGCCGUGAUGAAGAAGGGCUGCCCCCGCUGUGCCCGCCGGCUCAAGUACCAGCAACAGAGCACUCUCGCCUAACCCCAUUUCCUGUCCCCACCCGGGACCCAGGGCUCAGCCAUCCCAGCUGGGUUGGCCAUCAGCCUGGGUCACACUUUCAAGGUGUCACAGAUGUCUCCCUUGUCAGGAAGACUCUCAGAUGUGACCAGAGCAUGAGCCUAUGAGAGGGAGCCUUGGGAGCUCUUGAUGACACCUCCUGCCCCCCACCCGUCUGGAGGCCAGGACACCAGCAAAUGCCCCUGUCCGAGGAUGCGGGAGGAGAGGGGGCUUUGCACUAAUUGGCCUGGAUCGCCUCACUGAUGCACCGUCUCCAUUAGGGCUGUUCACACACUGUGGAAAUAAGACUUGGGAAGCAUUUUCAAUUCCACAUUCCUGAUUAAAAGGCCUAGUUUUUUUAAGGUGGGUUUUUUCCCUUCAUAUUUCAACAGAAAAUAUUUUUUUAUUCUUGACCCUCCACAAGUCACCCAAGAAAUCCAGCCACUCUCACCCUGAGCAAAUGUGCAGGAACCGCUCAGGCCAGGCCUGUAGGCGGGUGGCGGCUGGGUGGACAGGCCCCCUAGGACAGAGCCUGCCAGCUGGUGGGCGCCUUUCCUUCCCCCUUACCGAGCGCUCGCUGCCGACAGCUCCUGUACAACGUGCCAAACCCCCGGGGGGCCAGGCAGGCUCAGUCCUGAGGACCAUGUGUUUCCUCUCUGCUCCCCGCCCCCUCCUCACCUGAAAAGCCCUUCACUUCCUCCGUGUCGGAGCCCCUGGCUCUCCAAUAGCCUGGGAUCUUGGUCCCGCAGGAGGAGGGGAAUGACUCGGAACCAGCACUGUCAGCACUUUGAGCCUUCCUUGGUCCAGGGAAGGGUCGUCAUCUAGCCCAUCCCUCAGCCCCCUACCCUCCUCACUCCUACCACGGACAAGCAGCCAGACGGGCGGGGGACUGCUGCAGACGCAGGAAUGCAUCCCCGCCUGACUGACUCCCACCAGGACAGAGGUAGGCUGGGUCCCCACUGUGGAACCCUCAGAACCCUCGUCCUUCCACGAAGAGUGUCAGCCCUGCUGCUGAGAUGCGUAGGGACACGCAGGAGAAGCCACCCCCGUGGAAGGAUGCUCAGCCUCAGUUUACAAAGCCAUGAGAGUUCACAGAGCUUUGCUGGACUGGCCCAGGAGGGGCGCUGCCGAGAGACUGGAAAAUUUCGCUGGAGCACGACUGCCUUUUGAAGGGGUCUUGGGGUGGAGCCUGGAAUUGUUUUCAAAGUGAUAUUUAGACCCUUGGGGUUGGGGGGUGAAAUCUGGGCAUGAUUUCUCUGUUGCCUCCCCCCACCUCUCCUGGAUCCUCAGCCCUGGGGUCUUCUGGCCAUCCUAUCUGCACUCAGCUUGGAUUGGGGGCCUCAGGUGGAGAUCCGCCUUCACUGUCAAGAUACGAACCUACUCCCACCUCUCCCUUGGGCUGAUCUGACUGCUGAGUCACCUGCCCGGCCCUGUGGAGCUGGAUAAAUUGUGCAAUAGAAUCGAGGAGGUGGCAGGCGGAUGGGGGAGGGGGCUGUCACACAGCUGCUCUGUCCCCAUCACGGAAGAUGGUGCACACCUGUGCCCAGCGCACCAAAGAAGGUGGAUCCUUACCCCCAUCCCCACCCCCCAUAGCCAGCAUUAAUGCUCCACCACAGACACAGCCUGAUCAGAGCCGUAAUUGGUCCAGAUCGCUGAGUGGGCCUGGGGUGGGCAGCGCCGCCUGAGCCCAGCCCUGUUUCCUCGGGCCUGUGAGUAUAUCCUGUAUUCCAGAAGGUCCCUAGGAGGCAGCAGGAGGCCCUGGAGGCGCUCACUUUGGUCUGGCGGGGCCUGGCACGCCCCGCUCCCCGCCCUCCCCGAGAUCAGUAGCAUUAGAGCUGACCCUCCCCCAUACCAAAAAGCUGCUGAUGCUUUCAGAUGAGUUGACUUUUAACACCCUCACCUCCAAUGGGAAGCUGAUGUGAACCUCGGUCGUGCCCACACUAUUUUUAAAAUUUCAUUUUAUGCAAUAAACUGUUUCUAGUGAGGGGCCCUGGCCCUGAGAAGUACUUUGCAAUGUACCGAAGGAACUGCUGCGUGUGAUUUUUUGAAUGAUUUUGCAGUAAAGACCUGAUCU